ACUUCCCAUUUGUUCGUCUUUGUAGCAGAUGAGGAUGAAACUUCACCUCCCACCAACACCGCCACUGCAUUCCCCCAUUACUUCGUUUCCACACUGGACAAGGCAGAAAUGUCAGAUUUGUUACGUUUCUGUGAGUUAGCCCGGCUGAGCUUCAGUUUGAGCGGAAUGUAGCGGAAUCGUUUCUUUUUAAAAACGCGUUUUAGUGUCGGUGCAGCGGAUAUUUACGAUGGUUUCUGUCAGGGAGGUCUACCUAGCUGUUAACGGCUAGUUCCUGAGUGAGCUCUCAGAAGAUGGAAGCUAGUUCUGUAGCCUGCUUUCAGCCAUGGAUAACCCACACUAACAUCAGCUAACUUUAUGUUAAUAAGUGACCCAGCCAGCAUCAGAUGCUCCGCUAUAAACCUGCCUGUUAGCUAGCAAGCAUAUCUUCAGAAAAAGAUGGAAGAAGUGGACAAGAUUUUGAUUCACGCCCUCAAACAAGUCGGCACGUAAGUACUAUUUGAUCUGUUUCUGCCCAGCUGUGUGUGUUAGUGGUAACCCUGCUGUGGAAACGGCUGGCCCGUGGACUAAUAUGGGUUUACUAGCUUUUAACCUCUGUAUCAGUCCUGGAUGAGCUUCAAACUGUCUGUCAUAUGAUCAGAGUCAGUAUGCUGAGCAGGUUAUUUCAGGCCAACUUUGUGCCUUCGACCCCGAGUUUGAGAAAAAAAAAAGGAAAACAACUGUGACUCUUGGUGUAUUUGCAGGUGCCCUGUUUAGUUAUGAUGCCAUUUAGUAAUUACUCUGUUUUUAUUAACAUUUUCUCUAAUUAUUUUGUGAACAAUAGCAUCGUAGAGUCAUAAAACAGAACAAGAUAAUAAUAACACUCAUUAAAAAGAUUGUUGCUUUCUUAUUCAAGAUUUUGAGACAACAAACUUAAACAGCCACUUCAAACCCUUACCAAUAUGAAUAAUGUUUCAGGGUUUUGAGGAGAAAUAUCCAGCAGUAACUGCCUCACAUCAUUAUAGACUGUACCAUGGGUCUCUUUUUUGCAUCAUCUAAAACCUGCAACUCGCACCACCUGAAUAUUUAGGAUAAAGCAUGAUCUUACCUAAGUGAUCAGGGGUCUUUGGUGUCUAAUAUCAGAUGAUAAUAUGAAUAAAUAUGAUACUUUAUGAUAUGCUACCCAAUCUAUGAGCCAAUAAUCCCAAUCUACAUACUGUAAGACAAAAGUAAUUGAUAGAAAAUGUACAAGUGCAUCUCUAAAAUUUUUAGUAUUCCAAAAUAGUUAAAUAUUUUCACUUAAGUAGUUCAAGUUAGUAGAAUUUCAUAUAUUCAAGACUUGCUCUUAACCUUUUCAAUUCAUGACCCCAAACAGUAAUAUGGUAGGUGUGCAGCGCCUUGAAAAGUCUACACAGCCUUUGUGUUACGACAGCCUGAGCUAUCACUCGCAGCAGCAGAUUCGCAGAAAACAUGCUGCCUGUUCAGGACAAUCCUCAAACUUGAUAUUUCACUGGUGAAAUGAUAUAACAGCCACCGUCCACUCUGAAAAUCUUUUAUUUUAUGUGCUGUAUGUUAGUGUAUGACCACAACCAUCUGGUGACCUCAGAAAUAUUCCUGUGACCCUCAUCAGGGUCAGGACUUCAAGGUUGAGAGUCCUUUUUCUAGACUUAAUACAUUUAAACUGAAUUGUAUCAAGCUUUAAUGUACUGUAAUUGUGAUACAAUACCCUACAGCAGCAAACAGUUUGUAAAAUAUAUCAUUUCAAGUUACUUUUCAGUUCAGUUCAAUCAAAACUUUUUCAUGGAUUUCUUUUCAAAUGCAUCAUCAAAGGCUGCUGCUCAGUAUUUUGCAUGACAAUGACAAUAAAUAUGAUAUGUCUACAUAGGUUUACAUCUUGCAGAAUCAAGAUUUUUGAUCGAUUGGUGAAAUACAUUUAAUCAGUUUCAUAAUUUGUAUGAUAAAGUGACUGGUAACAAAUGUAAACUUUUUCUUUACUUGUAUGAAGCAGCUUUCUAGAUAAUAAUCAGUGACCAGUAGAGAGGGCUGCGAUCUGUGGAGUCUGUACAGCAUUGUUUUUCAUUGUUUUGGAAUAUUACUUUUAACCUGUUUGUCUACUUUUUUCUGCAAAUAUUUCUCUUUUUUGAUAAGUUUGAAUUAAAUUCCAAACACCAACCCAGAUGCUUUGUGUGACCCACAGAGAGGUGAGCGAGGAGGUGGACAGUGUCAAACAGUUCACCAGUGAGCUGAUAGUGGAGGCAGUGGUCAGAUGUAUCCGUGUCAUAAACCCCGGCCUGGGCGGCGGGCUGCCCACCUCCCUCCCUCCAGGCAUGUCUGCCCGCUUCAGGGUGGGUAUGAGCCUUGCACAGGCCUGCCAGGUAAGACCCCAGUAUCUAAUUAACCAGUAAUUAGAUAUUAAUUAUUGCUGCUUUGAGUUGAAAAAAUGAAGGUGCCAUUACACUGAUGAAAUUUACAACAACACUGAGAGUUAUAUAUAUUAUAUUGCUGGAGGCACUUUGUGUUUGUAACAUUAGAAUAUUUGGUCUCAUAGGGAAUAGCCUAAGAGAAGAUGACAACUAUAAUGUGAAACUGUAUGGUAACAUGGACCAAUGUGGCUGAAAUGAAGAAUAAUGUAACAUAUACACAUAUUUUAUCCAACCAAUAUUGUGUAUCUGCUCCUCUGGCAUCCAUAAACUGGGCUUUGAGGACCACAGUCUGUGGUGGGAAACACUGUCAUUAAAAGCUGAUGGAUAAAUCAAAGUCCACUUACUCAGUUAAUUAGUUGCUUUCGGCCACAUCUGCCAAGUGUUUGCUCAGGCUGGGCUCCAGCAAUAAAACAUGUAACAAAGAACUUUGUUUUUAAUGAGCUAUGAGGUAAGUUUUGUCUAUACUGAUAGAAAUGUAUUCAUUAAGUGAUUCAUUGAUCAAAGUGUCUUGGUUUAGUUAAAAUGUAUUCAAACUUCAUACAGAGAGAAAACCAUAAUGUGGGUGAAUGCUGUAGAAAACUGAAGUGAAAUAAUGACAUCAUAACAGUAAAGCAGUGUUUACCUUUGAAACCAACUUUUGGUAAAUUUAGUCAUUUUUAAGACACUUAAGAAUGCUGACACCGUGUUAGAGGUAUUACAGGAUGAGUGAGUUGACAGGACCGAACAGUGCUGUGUGUGUGUGUGUCUGAGUUUGUUGAUGUGAAGCUCCUUCCAUGUGUGUUGAGUUGUUGGGCUUCUGCAUGUAAUCACACAAUGUGGGCCUCCUAUGUUAUGCUGUUGCACAUCAAUUUUGAAGUACAAAUGGGUAAUAAUUGUGGAGCUUGAAUGGCUACUCUUGCUAGUAGGUACAAGCUUUACUGGUCAUCCAGAAACUGCUCGAAGCGUCUGUAGAGAUUGGUAUUGUAUAACAUGGACAAACAUGAGAAGAUGGAAAAGCUAAUCGAGGCUCAACUUAUGAAGGGCUGACUAUACUUGCAGUUUCUGUUGAACUGUCUCUAACAUCACAAAAUGUUGUUUUUCAGGACAUUGGUUACAAAGGAGAGAUUGGCUACCAGACGUUUCUGUACAGCAACGAGCCUGAGAUCCGCUCCCUGCUCAUGUUCUUGGUGGAGAAGCUGCCCAGAGAAAGUGCAGAGACCUCAGAUCAGCCCACAGGUACAGGGAGCACCUCUGAGUGUGUUUAUAUGAACGUGUGUGUGUGUGUGUAUGUAAAUCUCUUUUGUGAAAAAGACAUAUGAUGCAUGUACUCUAACACAAUUCAUUUUUGUGCUGCAAAGUUCAAGAUGGUGUUAUGCUGGAUUGUUGCUAUCAGUUUUAAAUUUGAGGUUUGUGCUCGAAGAAUGCAUUCAAAUCGUAAAAAACAGUGAUUAGAAAAGAGAGGUGCUUUCAGAGACCAUAGCAAACAUGACGCUUCUACUGAGGUUUGACUGAAGGACCUAAAUAGUUGUAACAAAGCAAGCAGAAUUUACUGAUCUGAUUAACCAAAAGAAACAGUUUAUGUAUAAAAUGUGUCAGCUAGUCAUUAUUACGUUGAAGCCCUUGUUGUGUUUUUUUAUCAUAAUGCAUAGGUGUGAGCUAAGAGUCAGUUAUUUAGUUUGGAAAGUGAUCAGCCGGCCACUUAUUAAAAGAAAUUGCAAUCAGGAAAGAGUGCUCGUGACAGGAACCGAUUGCUAAACGGUGAGACAGUUUUGUAGAAAUGAGGAAGUGCUGUUCUGAGUUCAGGCUUCUGCUCUGAGGUUGUUUAAGGUAAUGUUGUCACAGUGAGGCAUUUUUUUCUCUUGUGUGUCCACUGAGUCACUUUAAACUAUGUUUCUUUUCUUAAAGGUAAAUCUGUGGUCCUCCAGAGAUCCAUCGCCGCUGCAAUCAAAGCCCAGCUGUCCGUGCCCUGGCUGCCCCCAAACUGCAGACUGCCUCUGAACUGUGAUACACAAGUAAACUCCUUUUCUUUAUAUUUCUGCUAUUUAAAAAAGGUUAAUUGUUAUUUCUGUAAAGAGUUCUUCAACUUUUCAACCGAAUCAAAAGAAGAAAGCCUGACAGUCUGUUAGAAAAAAACCUAAAUGCCUAACAAAGUUAACAUUGUAAGCAGCUGAGCCUCAUGGGAAUCAUUUUAUCAGUCAUCUCCUGAUCAGAACAGAAGAGGAAAAAAUGAAAAGAAUCUGAACAAAUCUCAAUUAUUCAGUCACAGGAUCAUCCGUAUUAUUAGAGGAGGACUCCUGAAUAGAAAUAUACUGCUGCAAACAUACUUACCCUUCUGUCUCUGUCUUAAAUCAUUUUUAAUGCAGGAAAAUAUGCAGCAGGAUGAUUCACAAAAACAAGAUGACAUAAAAAUAAGAUCCAACUCAAUCUGGAUAUAAUUAGAAAGAAAUGACUGAGACAUUUUCACUUAUGAUUAAAUCAGUGUGACUUUCAUCUCACAGCCAGGAUCCGUUAAAUAAACUUGUUUAUUAUGGCGUGUCACAUGUCUAGGGACAAUUUAAUCCUGACAAGUUGUUUAUUUUGUUCCUGUUUCAGAGUCCAGGAGAAUUGCACCGCUUCCACGUCCAGCCGCUCAGUUUAGCACAAUGCACUAAAGGUCCAGGAAAGAAGCAGCUCAAAGGUAAGUCACCCAUUUCACGUGGAAAACAACAUGCAUUAUACCUGCUGUAUGAGUUUCUGUUUGACUGAAAUAUCUCAGUAAUUUUAGGUGAUCCGGAAAGUUUCAUAAUGGUCCAUCAGAACCCUUUUUUGGGGUCAUUUUCUGAAAUAUUCUGUAAAUACAAAAGCUUGAGAUGCAGUCAGAUAUUCAUUUAUUGUUGCCCUUGAAUGCAGGACUUAAUGUUGGUAUAUGCAUCAACUUGAAAGAAAAUAAGUAAUGUUUGAAAAUCUGAAGUAAAGUUUCAUCAUGGUCUUUUUAAGUAAUUUGUUCUUAAUUUCAAAAUUUGCAGCCACUUGAUAAAAUCUUGAUGCAUUAAACCUUUCUUCAUAAACACUUGAGUCAGUGUUUAAACAUUUUUAAUCAUUGAGGGUGACUGGUUUUAUAAGAAGGUCAUCUUUUUAUUGGUUUGCAUAAAGAUGACCUUGAAAUGAUACAGCGAGGACACAACCGUGUAUUUGUUUCUGCUGUGAUUUCAGAGCUGAAAGACUACCAGCGGGACAUUCUUCCUCCUGUAACCGCCCAGCCUUCCCAUCAUGCCUCUGUGGUGGCGUCCAUACUGGAGCAGCACACAGCCGAGCUGAGUGCUGCUCAGGAGUGGGACAACGAGUGGAACAGUCAGGGGCUCUUGUCCCGCCUCACACCACAGGUCAGGCUUUAAGCUCGCUGUGUUCAUGUGGCUUUGAUUUUACACAUCAGGUCUUUGAUAAUUACAACUGUGAGCUGCACAUGCUUAGCAAAGAUCCCAACUUCAGAUGGCAGCAUGUAAACGCCUUCUGAUUCAGUCCAAAACCUGCUCUGGCGCUUGAUCCUCAUUAUAUUUUGACCAGAACAUGGAGCAGAUGUGUCAUUUGGACCAGAGGAGACUGGCUGGGACUUGGUUUUUCUAAAUGUCUCUGUGUUUGAUUUGCGCAUCUCUGUGUUUGUGUCUGUGGCUGAACAGGAGUAUCGCUCCAGGAAACUCGCCCGGCUGCGUAAACGUAUCGAAGAGCAGCUGCGCUCUGCUGCACUGCCCUCUCCCGAAAGUGCCUUUGGUGGUCCCUGCUCCACGUCCGACCUGUCUGAGCUGCUGCAGGCCUUCAGAGGCUCCACCCCCUCUGACCACAUCCUGACCAAGGGCACACACUUUACCCACACACAGAAGUUCACCUUUACACAGGUGAGGAGCAGAACACGAACAUGUAAUAAAAACAUCUAUGGGGUCAGAGUUUUAUGCAGCAUUCUCUAACAACUUGUGUGUUAUUUGUGUGUGUGUGUCCUCCAGGAAGUGGCACCUGUAACCAGCCCCCUCCCCACAGGGCCACAGUCAGAGAGUGAGAUCCAGCUCCGGCAGCAGGAGGAGCUGACUUCUCUUCAGCAGCAGUUCCAGCAGCUCUGCAGUGACGUUGACCAGCUAGCGGCAGACCUGAAGCACAUGAGUGUCACUAAUACACAGGUAACACACACACACACACACAACCACACACACACACAGGAGGUCUUUAACAAAAGGUUAUUGUAUGCUUUGAAGUAAUAUGUGAGAAGAUGUGUUCCUCUGCAGUAACAGACUUAAUGUUCGCUCUGCUUGUUUUUUCUUAUGUGUUUUUAUUUCUUGCCGUAGGUGUUGGAUGAGUUGAAACAGAGGGAGCUGGGAAACUCUGAAAAAGAGGAAAAGAUGCAGGUGAAGAAGAAAACAGUUGAUCUUCUGCCAGACGCUGACGAGAACCUGUUGAAGCUCCAGGUAGGAGGGCUGAACUGAGACCCGUGGAUCGAUUAUCAGAGUCGUUAAAGCCAGCAGGAAGAUUCAAACCUUUCUGCUCUUCUCCUUCAGGCUCUGGUGGAGGCCAGUGCCAAGCGGGUGGUGAACCUGGCAGCUCAGUGGGAGAAACAUCGAGCUCCACUCAUCGAUGAGCACCGCAGACUCAAGGAAAUCUGCAGCAACCAGGAUGUAUGUGCUGCUUCUCAACAGAUGUGUCACCCCACUUUGUUACUCCCAAGAUCAAAAUUAAGAGUGAGCUUUUGUCUCUCUUUUUUUCAGAUGGAAUCAUCCAGAAAGCUGACAGAAAUCAAGUCUCUGCAUGACAAAAUCCGAGUGUCCACAGAGGAGGCGAAGAAGAAAGAAGAAAUAUACAAACAGCUGGUAACUGAAAUUUCAGAUCAUGAUUUGUACCAAAACAGGGAUGAUCAUGAGCUACUUUUGCAAAAGUCACGUUGAUGCAGCUCCCAAUGAGUCACUACUAAGUUGCACAAAAUUGCUUCCUCUUGGAUUUUACUUGAAACACUUAGGGCCUGACUGUGCAGCUUUUGCACCCCGCUAACAGGACAGGAAGACAGUCUAACUUUAGCUUCAAGCUAAAAUUCUAUUAUUUCGAAACUGUGCUGCAGAGCAAACAGCAUCUCUGUGCUUUUUUGUUUUGCUCUUACUCAAAUACGAUAUUUUGCAUGUUUUGGGGGUAAAGUUGGCCUCUUUCUGUGCAAAUGAAACUUGGCAUACUUUACUUUAUUUAAGGAUCCCCAUUAGCACUUGCCAAGGGCAGGCUAUUCUUCCUGGGGUCCAUACACAAAACAUAACACAAACAUAUACAACAAUCAUACAGCAUACAUAAACAAAGGUUCACUUACAGAAGUUAGAAAAUUCAACAAAAUUAAAUUACAAUUAAAUACUCAUACAAUCCAUGUUCAUAGGUUAAAAAAGGGUUUAAAUUAUACUUUCCACAAUAAUACCUUAUUAAACACAUUACAGUUCAUGAAAAAUUGGUAGAUACUGCUUUACCAUCAUUUUAAAACCUUCUUUUGCAUAAAAGUAGUGUAAAUUCAAAACUCGUUUUCAUGCAGUAAGGGUGAAACUUCAUAUGAAUGAUCAUAAUCAUGCAUGGCAACAGUAUGCUUUGUCAAGAUAAAACUGCAUUGUGUCAGUUAAUGUGUAAUUCGUAAUGUGGCAAUGGCCCAUUCUGAUGAAUUCUCUCCUCAAUGUGUGUUUGAUUGUAUUUUUUUUCUGUUCUAUUUCACAGGUAACAGAGUUAGAAAAUCUCCCUCAGGAUGCCUCUCGAUCUGCGUACACUCAAAGGAUUCUUGAGAUCGUCGGCAACAUCAAGAAACAGAAAGAGGAAAUAACUAAGGUACAUUAAAACAAAAACAAAUUCAGAAUUCAUGCCGUUACUGUAAUAUAAGCACAUAGACCAAACUCAAAAGAAAUGUCUGAAUUUAAUGCAACAACUAUUAAAGAGAAUAUUUCGCAGAAAGAAGCUACACCCUUUCACAAAGGAGUUUUGCAUUUUAUAUGUUGGAUAGAGACCUGGAUAUAAUGGGCAUGAUGUGACACCACUCAGCCAGAAGUCAGACUGAAGUUAACUUGCUCCAAAGUUAUGAGUUGAAAAAAUGCUUUUGGAUUCAGAACAGACAUGUUGCAAACACAAGCACUGAGUAAAACAUGGAGAUCAGCAGAUGAAUGUAAAAAAAGGAUUCAGAGGUAACAUGCACUCUAAAAUUGUAGUGUUGUGUCGUUCGUGAACGAUUCCUUCAAAAGAACCAAAUCUUUUAAGUGAACGUACUAAACUGAAUCACUUCCUCGAGUGAUUUGUCCGUUUCUCACUUCAGUUGAGCUGUCAACAGCGCAGCUACUAUAGCACACAGCAUUGCCAGGCGAGCAGCCAGCGAACAAGGGACCACAUGCACCGGCGCCUGAAUCACUUUGAAAAUGAAUCACACAUUGAACUACACUCUCUGGAAUCAUUUUUGUCGGACAAAACUGACUUUUUUUUUCUGUGCUAAAUUUCCACCACAACAACUUGCAUACAGUAGGACACAGCAUGUAACAAGUAGUGCAUAAAACCCGCAGCAUCCUAUCAUUGCAGGGGUUUGCGAGGGAACGGUGCAUGUUCAGUGUGAAUUCUUCUAAAUGUUUAGUGAACGAAUCACUCACUGAGCCCAAUUUACCGAGCAGACCUGAUUAAUAGCAUACAAUUGGACAGUACACUUAAAACAUCAUGACUUAUAAACAAGUUCGUUUUUAUUAAACUUGUUUGCCAAAGGAACACAGCCAAACACUCUCGUCUCCCAGUCCCAGAAGCUAUGAUCUGAACUGAAUCCUGAACCGUUCAGCUGUGUAUCAGUUCAGAAGGUCGGAGUCACAGGCUCCUCUCGCCAAGCGCUGAAUGAUUCGGUGAUUCGUGGAAUGAAUCUUUUGAACAAAUCUUUUUAGUGAACUGAUUCUAGUGAUUCAGUACAUCUAAAGCAGUGGUUCUCAAGUCCAGUCCUCGAGGCCCACUGUCCUGCAUGUUUUGGAUGUUUCCCUGCUCCAACACACCUGAUUCAAAUGAUCAGCUCGUUAUCAAGCUCAGUAAUGGCUUGAUAACGAGCUGAUCAUUUGAAUCAGGUGUGUUGGAGCAGGGACACAUCCAAAACAUUCAGGACAGUGGGCCUCGAGGACUGGACUUGAGAACCACUGAUCUAAAGGAACUGCCGUGCCCAUCACUAUAAAAUAGUUGUUUUAUUUAUCGCUCUUUAUGCCUUCAGCUCUUUUCAUUCAAAUCAAUGCCAAUCACAGUGCUUUGCAGCGAUUGAACAUAAGUGAAAGCACAAAAAUGAUGGCAAAACUUGGUUCAUUUUUAAAAAGUCAGACAAAUGUAAAGCAGAGAUUAUCUUGGGUUAAGUUUUCACACAGGAGGAUCAGUCUGUGUGUCGACACUGUUGGCACACCUCAUUGAAUUGAUAAAGAAUUUUAAAUAUUUUGAAGAGAAAUCAGCUUCUUUCAAAAUAAAAGAUUCAGUUUGUCAUUUUUUUGUCCACACCUAAAGGCAUUUAGUGGAUUUAACUUUUAAAUUGUUUCUUCCCCAUCAGAUGCUUUUCCCCCAAUAAAGCUUUGUUCAUUUCUUUUCAUUUCAGAUUUUAUCAGACACUAAAGAACUCCAGAAGGAAAUCAACAAUCUGACAGGGAAACUGGACCGGACCUUCGCUGUGACCGAUGAGCUCGUCUUCAAGGUAAUUUGGAAGUUUUUAGCUUUUGCCAGCACCUGUUGUGUUGGUCUGCAUUGAUAAGUGUUUGUUUAUAAUAAAUAAAUAAAUACGUUAUGUAUAACAAUAUUAAUUUAUUUAUUGCAGGACGCCAAAAAGGAUGAAUCUGUUCGUAAAUCUUACAAGUACCUGGCUGCUCUGCAUGAAGUAAGUCCUCAAGUGUAUUUCCUAUCAUUCAUUGAUCUCAAGAGAUAAUUUUUUAUACGCCAUUAAAAUAUCUCGUGUUCUUGUGCAGAACUGUAAUCAGCUGAUCCAAACCAUAGAGGACACCGGUACAAUUCUGAGGGAGAUCAGAGAUCUAGAGGAGCAGGUAGGACUUCUUUUAACACAUGAUGUUAUCUAGAUAAUUUCAGGACACUCAGAGCCUGAUAUUUUCCAGAGAUUCAGCAGAGUAAAUGUCUGUAUUUUUAGGGUGCUGCAUUAAAAUCUGAUUGUGAUCUAACUGAAAUCAGAAUUUGUGGUUUUUUUGUUUUUUUUUUGGGGGGGGGGUGAUUGCAAUUGGUGGUGUACUCAAAGGAGGUGCCCACAUGUCUGAAGAAUCACCAGGCCUCCUUGGGUGCUCAUGAUGUAAAUGAGGCACCAAAAAACGUCCUCUCAGGGGGCCUUUUAAUAGAAUAUGCAUGAAAAAUUUCAUAGGUGUGUCUCCUUGAUGCCUUCUUAGUGUAUAAAAUGCUGAGAAGUGCCCUCUGGAUGUCCUUCCAGCAUGUGAAACCAGCGUCCUCUGAAUGCUUGUCCAGUAUAUAAUAUAUAAGAAAGUGCCAGUUCCAGUGGAUAUAAUGUCCGAUAGUGCCCCCUUGAUGUUCUUCAAGGAUACAAAUACAAAAAUUAUGCAUAUUGGAUUCUCUCCCUGUAUUUUGUAUGGUUUAGUAUUAAAAUGCCCUCUCUAUGCACUUCCAGUGGACAUAAUGUGAAUAAAGUUUCCUUGGAUUACUUUUGGAGUACAGAAAUGCACAAAAGUGCCCUGUGGAUGCACUUCAGUGUAAAAAUAAAACAACAGAUCCUAUGUAUUUUGCAACGUAGCAGCACAGUCAAGGAUUUUGGGUAGUUUUUAACAUUUUUUCACCCUGAAUUUUUUCACCAGAUCGAGACAGAAAACAACAACAAGACAGUGGCCAACCUGGAGAGGAUUCUGGAUGAUUACAAGGCGAUACGCCAGGAAAACUCUGCGCUCGCUGCCAAAGUCAGAGAGGGCUGAAGGAAGCUGUGGUUUUCCCUGCUCUGCCUGCUGAGGCUGAAUGAACCCGGAGCCGCAGAUGGACCUGAAACAGCACUCCAGUUUUCACCAUGAAGAUACAGCUGUUCAUUAACACCACCUUCUGAUAGCAUUGGAGACCAAGCUGUUUUCUGUACCAUGGAACUAACCUGGCAUUUAAUGCACAUGCUGAAUGGAUGGAUCAGACUGAGUGCUGUGGCUAGACUGGCUCCCUGAGGGUCCUCAUGCUGGUUUGAUAACUCUGUACCUGAAUGAAACACAACACUGGACAGCAGAGGGCGCUGUCAGACCUUUUCUCUUCAAAUGUAAAGUCAUUCAUAUCAAUGUAUAAAAUGUUUUCAUAAGAUAUCUUGAUUAAAUUUAAAAUCUUUGAAUUUUUAAUACAGGAGUUAGUCCACCAUUUUCAGACAUUAGGAGUCCCUUUGUGGUCAUGAUUCUAUUUGAACCAAGUAUGCUGAGUGAAUGGCCUUUUGAAUGUAAUCCAUUAACAAUGUUGUCCAGCCCCUUCAGCAAAGUAUUGUUGUAUAUAUGGUACAAGCUUAAAUAAAGAUGCCUUACAAACUUGAUAAGCAGGUCUAGUGAUCAUGAAGAUAAUCUCUA